AACAAUUAGGUUAUCCAAGUGUCACUAUCUCGUGUAAAUAAUAUAUUGCUGAUAUGUAUGCUAAUAAAUCUUUUAUUAUUAAUAUAAAAUAGGAAUAAGUAUAAAAGCCACAUCAUUCUAAUGUAAUUGUUCCAGUGUAGAAUAGUCAAAAUAAAAGUAUCAGUGAUUCAAAUAAUUGAAAGUCGUGCAAUAUAACUUAUCAGUAUAUAAUCCUAUAUAUAAUAAAGAUAUAGUUAAUCAAAUAAUGGCAUCUACUGACGAUAUUUACAAAAAGCAAAAAACUUGCUUGCAAAUAGCUACUAAUGUAACUGAACAAAAACAUCAUGUAUCUAGAGCGAAACGCGGACAAAUUUUAGGACAUCUUAGAGGAUUUAGAGGCUGUACAGUUUGGUUAACAGGCUUAUCUGGUGCCGGAAAAACAUCCAUAGCAUUCGAGUUAGAAGCCUAUUUAGUAGCCCAUGGUAUACCGUCUUAUUGUCUUGACGGUGAUAACCUAAGAACAGGUCUAAAUAAAGAUUUAGGUUUUUCAAAACAAGACAGAGAAGAAAACAUUCGUCGAGUCGCUGAAGUUGCUAAACUAUUUGCAGAUGCCGGUGAAAUAUGUUUAUGCAGCUUUAUUUCCCCAAGCGCUGAAGACAGAGAUGUAGCACGUAGGAUUCACAAAGAUAGUGACCUCAAAUUUUUUGAAGUAUUUGUUGAUACACCACUAGAAAUAUGUGAACAAAGAGAUACCAAAGGUUUGUACCAAAAAGCUCGAAAAGGAAUCAUAAAAGGCUUCACAGGGAUUGAUCAACCUUAUGAGAAACCAGAAAAUCCUGAUUUGGUCGUUAAGACGGUCAGUUGUUCCAUAGAUGAGUCCACAAUGCAAGUUGUGGAAAUGCUACAGGAAAAUGGAAUCAUCCCUUUUGUUCAAGAGGAUAAGGAUGACAUUCCGGAAUUGUUCAUUCCUAAAAAUAGGCUAAGUAGUGCCUAUGAAGAAGCAGAAUCUUUACCUAGGCUAAAGAUUACAGAAUUAGAUUUACAGUGGUUACAGAUUCUUAGUGAAGGUUGGGCUUAUCCUCUUAAAGGAUUCAUGAGAGAAGACCAAUAUCUACAAACUCUCCAUUUCAACUGUCUUCAGAACGAAGGCAACCCCGUUAGUCAAAGCAUUCCUAUAAUCCUGCCUCUGACCACUAUGGAUAUGGAACGAUUGAAAGAUUCAUCAGCCGUAGCAUUGAUAUACAAAAAUGAUUACUACGCCAUUCUGAGAAAACCAGAAUUUUUCUACUACAGAAAAGAAGAAAGAGCAGCUAGACAGUUCGGUACUACUCAUAAGGAUCAUCCUUACAUAAAGAUGAUUUAUGAAUCCGGAGAUUGGUUGAUAGGUGGUGAUGUAGAAGUUUUUAAAAGGAUCAAAUGGAAUGACGGUUUAGAUCAAUAUAGAUUAACACCAAAUGAACUUCGAAGGAAAUUUAAAUCCAUGGGAGCCGAUGCAGUUUUUGCAUUCCAACUCAGAAAUCCCAUUCACAACGGUCAUGCUCUAUUAAUGACCGAUACCAAGAAGCAAUUACAAGAAAGGGGUUAUAAGAAACCAGUACUACUACUCCAUCCUUUAGGCGGUUGGAUUAAAGAAGACGACGUUCCUCUACCUACGAGAAUCCUCCAACACCAAGCGGUCUUAGACGAAGGACUUUUGGAUCGAAAUUCGACUGUAUUAGCGAUUUUUCCUAGUCCCAUGAUGUACGCCGGUCCCACAGAAGUUCAAUGGCACGCUAAAGCUAGAAUGAACGCUGGUGCUAAUUUCUACAUAGUUGGUAGAGAUCCUGCUGGUGUUACACAUCCCGCUGGAAAAGAUGCCAGUCUCGAUGGCAAUUUGUACGACCCCACGCACGGUGGUAGGGUGUUAAAGAUGGCGCCAGGUUUAAAUUCUCUUGAAAUAAUACCGUUUAGAGUGGCAGCUUACGAUAAAAAAAACAAAAAAAUGGAUUUCUUCGACUCGUCCAGGAAAGAAGAUUUUGAAUUCAUAUCUGGUACAAAAAUGAGAACGCUGGCCAGGAACGGUGAUAAUCCCCCGGACGGUUUCAUGGCCCCAAAAGCUUGGGACAUUCUGGCAGGGUAUUACCAACGUUUAAACAAAUAUUGAAUAUUUUAAGUCUUGUAACAGCCGAAGUUGGGACUUAUUUUGAUACUAGGUGAUUAAAUAACACAAAAAAUUAAUAUAAUAAACAAAAUGUCUAUUAGAUUGAUUCUUAACUUAUUCAUAUGAUAAAAAUGGUGAUUUUCUUCAUAUAUCGACAAUUUAUCACAAAAAUUGGAAUGUCCCCUGACUUUACUUCUGAAAAAAUACUGGGCGACUACAAGAAAAUACAGCAAUCCGUAUAUGAAUUGAGCGAAAUAGAUUUUGAGUUGAUAUUUUGUUUAAAUCACCCUAUAUACGAUAAUAAUUAUGAAAAUUGCUUUUCACUACGUUGUAUGAUGUUUAUCAGAAAUCUGUUGUGAGAUUUUUUAUUUAUUUUGAUUUUUGAACAAAUUAGAAAAGAUUAUACAGUCAAUAUAUUUGUAUGUGCAAUAUUAUUUACACUUAAUUUAGAUUUUACAGUAUUAUUAAAUAUUCUAUCAUUUCAUACAUUUAUACAGAUGUGUAUGUUAUGUUUUAAAUAUAUUUUAUUAUAAAGAAAAAA